GACAGAAAAGGAAGAGAUUGAACGGUCUUCUAGCAAGGGCUGAUAGGACAGGGAAGCAAGGAUGAAGACAAAGGUCCUUCCUUUCCUUGGGUUACUGUAUGUUGCAUGUUCUUGUGCUUUCCCGGUGGUUCCAGAAAACAAAAAAGAAGAUAUGCAAUUUGCUAAGAAAUAUCUGGAAAGUUUUUAUGAUUUUAAAGAAGAGAAAAAUUCUCUCUUUAAAUCAAAGAACCUCAAUCACAUGGCUGACAAAAUUCGAGAAAUGCAGUCAUUCUUUGGGCUAGAGGUGACUGGGGAGCUGAAUCAUAAGACGCUGGACAUGAUGAAGCAGCCUAGAUGUGGAAUACCAGACGUCCGUUCAUACAGCACCUUCCCACAGAGCCCUAAGUGGAAGAAAGAAGAUGUGACAUAUCGAAUUUUGAACUACACUCCAGACAUGCUACAAGCUGAUGUAGAGGAGGCAAUUGCAAAAGCCUUCCAGCUCUGGAGCAGUGUCACCCCUUUAAGAUUCAUCAGGCUCUACAGUGGUCAAGCAGAUAUAAUGAUGUCCUUUGCAGCUGGAUUUCACGGUGACUUCUAUUCCUUUGAUGGUCCAGGAGGAACUCUGGCUCAUGCCUACCCCCCCAGCAGUGGGAUAGGAGGAGAUGCCCACUUUGAUGAAGAUGAAAACUGGACCAAAUUUAGUACCCAUAAUGGAUACAACUUAUUUCUCGUUGCUGCUCAUGAGUUGGGCCACUCACUAGGUCUUGGUCAUUCCAGCGUCUUUGGUGCUUUGAUGUAUCCUAUAUAUAUGGCCAGGGAUACGAGGGACUACAGGCUACAUCAGGAUGAUAUUGAUGGCAUUCAGGCCCUCUAUGGAGCCCCCAGGGAAUCUCCUGCACUUCCAACAAAAGCUUUUCUCCCACAAGAACCAACUGAAACGACUCCUGCAGAAGCACCAACUGAAAUGUCAACCCCGGAAGAACCAACAGAAACAACGCCCUCCAAAACCCCCACAAGACCUGAGGACUGUGACCCUCAUUUGACUUUUGAUGCUAUCACCACUCUCCGUGGGGAAAUACUGUUCUUCAAAGGCAGCUAUGUCUGGCGCAAAAGCCCAUAUUUCUCAAGCAUUGAGCACGACACCAUCUCCUCGUUCUGGCCAUCACUGGCAGCUGGCUUUGAUGCUGCUUAUGAGGUUGACAAGAAGGAUCGAGUGAUAUUUUUUAAAGACGACCAGUACUGGGCUGUCAGUGGCUACAGUAUAGAGCCAGGCUUCCCCAAGCCUAUUCAGAACCUGGGCUUCCCCACCAGUAUCAGGAAAAUCGAUGCAGCUGUUCAUGACCAAAAUACCAAGAAAACCUAUUUCUUUGUAGGCAACAAGUACUGGAGUUUCAAUGAAAAUACCCAGUCAAUGGAAAGGGGAUAUCCAAGAAAAAUAGCAGCUGACUUCCAAGGAAUUGGCCACACAGUUGAUGCUGCCCUUCAGAAAAAUGGACAUUUCUACUUUUUCCAUGGAUCAAACCAGUAUGAGGUUGACAUCAAGAACAAGAAACUCGUCCGUAUAAUGAAGAGCAACAGCUGGUUUAAUUGCUAGAAAAACUAAGUGAUGGUGCAGGGCUGUAUUUGUACCAGAAAUGUUUCUUCAUGUUCCUUGGUUAUAAACAAUAUCAUUCAGCUGUUACUGUGCAUCUGAGUCUGAAAUGAUGGCCUUUGAUAAUUCUAAUUUAAAACCUUAAAAAUGUAAAACUUAAUGUACAGUUUUAAUUUAUUUUGUUUUCCAACUAUUUAUUAACCAAGUAGUUUUUGAGUAAUAAAGUAUUUUGCUUGAGUA